CCAACACCGUCCUCGUCUCACCCCGCCAUCCUCCAGCAUGUCAUGGACGGAAAAUCUCGAUCAUUUCAGGCCAGACUUCUUCAGAAAAGGCUUGCCUCUAAACGAUGACUUCACCGUGCUAUGGGCCCCGCUGGACAAAGGCUGGCGUAUACGCUACGAUGGCGAGAACAAAGGCGUGCAAGAGCGUUGGUACAAAAGUGAACAGCACUUUGCUGGAGGUAGAGGGAAGGACAUCAUCAUACCCAAUGCGCCACAGACGCAAGCUUCUGGGCUGACGCCUCAAGAGCGAGCCAGUGUUCCCAAUGUUGUCUGGUACGCAGGACACUUCGCGUAUCCGCCAGACGCUUUCACCCUCGGAUGUGCCUUCAUCAAGUUUGGUGCCGUGGACUACGAAGCCACAGUCUGGCUGGACGGACAGCAGGUCGGCCAUCAUAGAGGAGGCCAUACGCCAUUCGAGGUGGACGCUACCUCUUUUGUGAAGAAGAACCACAAGGUCUUUAUUGCAGUGCAGGUCAAGGACAAGGUCACUGACCUCACGCAGCCAAGGGGAAAGCAGUACUGGAAGCCACAAUCCGAAUCCAUCUUCUACACUCCGACGACAGGUCUAUGGCAACCAGUCUGGUUCGAAUGGCUUCCUACCAAAAGCAGGAUAAUCAAUGCUGUGCUCACUCCUGACAUCGAUCGAGGAACGCUCACCGUAGAUGCUGAAUUCGCAGACCUCGAGCAGCUACAAUCGCCCGCUCUGCAAGUCAGUUGUCGGCUAGGAUCUUUUCCAAUUGGCAGAACGCAGCGACUUAUACCUUCGAGCUCCGACAGGUCAACGAUCACCCUGUCACUGGCUUUACCUGGGUCAUCGCCCCCAGACGAGCUAAUCGAGAGCCUGAACAAGCCAGGCUCGACAAUUCUACCCACACAGAUCACAGGCGACGCGUGGAACGAUGGCGUCGCACUCUGGUCGCCCGAGCAUCCCUUUCUUUAUGACGUCCAGCUUGAGCUGCUGGACCUUGGCGAAAAUGCCAGACACGCGCAGCUUGACUCUAUCAUGACCUACACUGGAAUGCGCAAGAUCUCAUUCGAGGACGGCCAAUUCAAACUGAACAAUCGCCCCUAUUUUCAGCGCCUCGUCCUAGAUCAAGGCUACUGGCCUCAAUCCGGGAUGACGCCUCCCGACGACAAGGCAUUCAUCAGGGACAUAACCAAGAUGAAAGAACUCGGAUUCAAUGGCUGUAGGAAGCAUCAGAAGGUGGAAGAUCCACGCUUCCUCUUCUGCGCCGAUCACCUAGGCUUCCUGGUCUGGGGGGAGAUGGCAAAUGCAUACGAGUUCUCGACGAGCUAUAUGGAGCGCUUCACACAAGAAUGGACAGAGGUGAUCAAGAGAGAUAUCAACCAUCCUUGCAUUGUAGCCUGGGUCCCCGUGAACGAGUCGUGGGCUUAUACUGCGCUGCCAACAAGUGCAAGGCAAAGAGACUUCCUCAGAGCUAUCUACUAUCUCACGAAGAGCCUUGACCCUACCAGACCUUGUGUGGACAACGAUGGCUGGGAGCACGUCAUCUCAGAUCUCCUUACAAUCCACGACUACGCUCCAGGGGAGGAGCUGCGAAUCACUGCUGCCUCGAAGGAGAAGCUACUGGAUCGCAAGGCGGGCAAGGAGGUCCUUCUCGAAGGCAGUGGCAAGGAGUACACGGCUGGGCAGCCAAUUAUCCUCUCCGAAUUUGGCGGAGUGGCCAUCGACCUCGGACGUACCCAUGGCGCAGCAGGCGGGACCGAGUCUUGGGGAUACCACACUGCGAGAUCCGAUAUCGAGUUUCUGAGCCGCCUCAAGAGCCUAGUAGACGCCGUUAUCGAUGGAGGCAUCGUGCAGGGGUUCUGCUACACCCAGCUAGCAGACGUCGAGCAAGAGGCAAACGGACUUCUGACGGCGGAUCGUCAGUUCAAGAUUGAUCCAGUCAAGAUCAAGGAGAUAAUUGGAAGGAGAUCGAGGUUUGAUCCCUGAGAGGGCAGUGUCACAGCGGCUCUCAUGGUGUAUAUCCAAAGUUGUACAUUGUGAACUCCAUCAUCGCCACCAACUAUUGACACUGACGCUAGUCUCUAAGCUCUUGAUGCAAUGGAACCAGCCUUGAGGUAUAUAGAG